AUGGGCAAGUUCAUGAAGCCCGGGAAAGUGGUGCUCAUCCUGGCUGGACACUACUCAGAACGCAAAGCCAUCAUCGUGAAGAACAUUGAUGAUGGCAUCUCAGACCACCCUUACAGCCAUGCCCUGGUGGCUGGAAUUGACCGCUAUCCCCGAAAAGUGACGGCUGCCGUGGGCAAGAAGAAAGUCGCCAAGAGAUCCAAGAUCAAGUCCUUUGUGAAGGUUUAUAACUACAACCACCUGAUGCCCACAAGGUACUCUGUGGACAUCCCCCUGGACAAAACUGUUGUCAACAAGGAUGUCUUUAGGGACCCAGCCCUGAAACGCAAGGCUAGGUUGGAAGCCAAGGUCAAAUUUGAGGAACGAUACAAGACAGGUAAGAACAAAUGGUUUUUCCAGAAGCUUCGAUUUAACAAGGAAGAGCAUCUGAAAACAUCAGCAGUUUUGCGCUGGCAGAGAGCACCCUGUGAGUGCCCCUGCCAACAGACUCGUGUGGUCCUGAAGGUAGCACAGCUUGCAUAUGUCACAGUUGGUGUACUAGUGACUAGUGAUAACCACAAAAAACCAUUCCAGGGCUGGGGCUCAGUGACUGAGGUACCUGUUGCUAGAAGAUCUGGCUUUGACUCUCUGGAACCCAUUGAAAAUAUAAGUGUGACUGUAAAUCUUGAACUGUGGAUACAGAUUAAGGAAUGUGUAACGGCGUAA